AUGCUGGAUCAGCUGGGAUCCCCUGGCACGGGCUGGCUCUCCCUGGAGGCUCCCUGUCCGUGCCACCUCCCAGCCCCGCUGCUGGACACACGAGCAGAGGAACUGGGUGGGGAUAGGUUCCCCAGCACCAAGUCCUGCGGGAGAGCUCAGGAAGCCCAGCUCCCCGAGCAGCAGCUCCGGGGCUCGGCAGAUGCGGAGCGGGGACGGCAGGAGCAGGACCGAGAACGGCGGCUCGGACACCGCUGGCACCAAGGGCCCCGCAGGCUCCCGGGGACAGCCGGUACCGGGCAGUGCGGCCGGCACAGCGCCCGCAGCCCCGCCGAGGCGGCCGCGGGAACGGAGCAGCCGCAGCUACAGCCCCGAAGAGCAGCGAGCGCCGCGGGGCAGCCUCGGCCCGGGGCCGGUGCCGGGCGGCACAGGGGCUGGCACAAGGGCCGGCACAGGGCCAGUACCGGGCGGCACAGGGGGCGGCACAGGGGCCGGUACAGGGCCGGUACCGGGCGGCACAGGGGGCGGCACAGGGGCCGGUACAGAGGCCGGUACCGGGCGGCACAGGGGGCGGUACAGGGGCCGGUACAGAGGCCGGUACCGAGCGGCACAGGGGCCGGUACAGAGGCCGGUAUAGAGCCGGUACCGGGCGGCACAGAGGGCGGCACAGGGGCCGGUACAGAGGCCGGUACCGGGCGGCACAGGGGCCGGCACAGGGGCCGGUACAAGGGCGCAGCCGCAGCCCGCGCGCUCCCGGCGUGCCCCGCGCCCGUCGCCCUGGAGACGCCGCCGCCGCAGCCGCCGGGCAUGGACGGGCCGGGCUGGGCCGCGGAGCCCAGCGGAGGGGCGGACGAUGGGGCGGACGGGCUCCGCUGGCCCCGGCCCCCCGAGGAGGGCACAGAGCUCCCGGCAGAGCCGCGGGGCGAGACACCCCCGGCCGGCCCGCAGCCGAUCCUCGCGGGCCUGCCCACCCUCCUGGCCUACAGACCCGAGUCCGCACAGCCAAACGUACACCACGAGGCAGAGGAGGAUGCUGAGCCAACAUGCGAGUACUGUGGCAACCUGCUGAGGCCGUUCCCUUUCUCCGAGGACGUCCCUCUCUCCGAGGACCAGGAAGACAGAUUCUGCUGCGAGCGCAGCCGAGAGCUCUACGAGUUCAUCAGGAAUGAGAGGAAGAGGCUCGAGGAUGUCAGCAGCCUUCCCAGAGCUGUCAGCACCCAGGAAUCCCUCGGCUGUGAAGCCAACCUGCUGCUGUCAAAGGAGCAAGAGAACUGGAGGCAGCAGAAGAGACACCUGGCUAGAGAGUUGGCCGAGCAGUCUUUAAAGCCGAGUGCCACUAAAGGUUCACAGCAAGCUGGAUCCAUUUCCUAUGAGCUUUCCCAGGAACUCCCAUCUCCCAAAGGUGGGACACCAGAGCCUGUUCCAAGUGCAGCUGAGCCCGAGCCCGAGCUGGAGCCCCAGCCCCAGGAGGAGCUGGAGCUGGAGCCGGAGCCCCAGGAGGAGCCCGGGCCCGAGCCCGAGUCCUGGCCCGAGGAGGAGCCCGGGCCCCAGCCCGAGCCCUGGCUCGAGGAGGAGCCAGAGCCCCAGCCCCAGGAGGAGCCUGGGCCCAAGCCCGAGUCCCGGCCUGAGGAGGAGCCUGAGCCCGAGACAGAGCCCGAGCACGAAGAGGAGCCUGUGGCCUUCGGUGACCUUGGCUAUGAUUUCAGUCUUCUGGGGAAGAAGGUGGGGAAGGGUAAAUUGGUGCAGAAGUACUACAAAAAUGGAAAGAAAUUCCUUACCAUGCUCCCAGACGGAACCUCGCAGUUAUUCUAUCCAUCUGGAAACCUGGCCAUCAUCAUUACGCGACAGAGAGACCAGCUGAUUUGCAUAGUACAGGAAGACGAGCAGAGGACAGCCAAAAUCCGAGCACUGUUUCAGUCUGAUGGCAGGAGCACAUGCUAUUACCCAAACGGAGAUGAGUGGAUAAAUAUGAGUAUCCAGGGUGGGCAGUAUUUGGACCAAGCAGGCAACAGGGUAAGAAGGUGGAUGUGGCCAAACUUGUUGCCAGGACCUCAUGUCCCACUGAGCCCCAUUUUCAUCUCCCUGAACCGCCAUGUGGGAGUCAGGAUCCUGGCCCAGGACAAGAUCUUCAUCUCCUUCCUCGCCAUGGGUCGACAAGCAAAAUUCAACAUGGGAACCAAAGUGAAGGUCGGCACCGCCAGCCAGCCGCUUCCACCAGCCCAGCUGGGUGAGGACGAGCUCCUGCUGCUUGCCUUCCGGGUGAGGAUCCUGCAGCUCUUCGACAGGAUGCGGGGAUGCCUCAACUUCCCUUCCAGUGUGCAGUGGAACAAAAUGCAGCCUCCCAUGUACCUCAUGACCCAGGCUGUGAAGAUCUUGGAGCUCUGCAUGGCUGCUGACAUAAGUGAUGAGCUGCGCAGCUCCAUCAAGGCGAUAAUAAAUGCACAGGAGCUUUGA